CGUCACAGAGGUGACAUCACGGCGCCUAGAGCGAGGCUAGGGUAGAGAGAGGCCGACCGAGCUGGAGUCGUCGGCUUGUGGAGGAAGCAGCUGGGAGCUGGCGAGAGCGUGAGCGGGCGGGCAGGCGAACGAGCGAGCGCAGGCGGGGGGGAGCGGCGCACGGCGCGGAGCAGCGCCUGCCCGGGCCGCGGCGGAGCCUCAGCCGGAGGGCAGCCCGAGCGGGCGCCUCGGUCCCCGCCCCCACUCGGCGGGGCAGUGCCCGGUGUUCCCCCGUGCGGGGGGCGGCGGCGGCGGCUGAGCGGACCCCACGGGACCGCGCGGGUGUUGCCACCUCGGCCGAGGAGCCGGCGCGGCCGCGGGGCCCUGCGAGCUGGGCCCGGGGCCCGUGACAGACGGGCCAAGGAGGGGAGAGAGGCGGCGGCGGCGGCGGCGCAGGCGACGGGGAGGCAGCGGCGGCGGCGACACCAUGUCAUCCCCCAGUCCCGGCAAGAGGCGGAUGGACACGGACGUAGUCAAGCUCAUUGAAAGCAAACAUGAGGUUACAAUCCUAGGAGGACUCAACGAAUUUGUUGUCAAGUUUUAUGGACCACAAGGAACACCAUAUGAAGGCGGAGUGUGGAAAGUUAGAGUGGACCUUCCUGAUAAAUACCCUUUCAAAUCUCCAUCUAUAGGAUUCAUGAAUAAAAUUUUCCACCCCAACAUUGAUGAAGCGUCAGGAACUGUGUGUCUAGAUGUAAUUAAUCAAACUUGGACAGCUCUCUAUGAUCUUACCAAUAUAUUUGAGUCCUUCCUGCCCCAGUUGUUGGCCUAUCCUAACCCCAUAGAUCCUCUCAAUGGUGAUGCUGCAGCCAUGUACCUCCACCGACCAGAAGAAUACAAGCAAAAAAUUAAAGAGUAUAUCCAGAAGUAUGCAACGGAGGAGGCCCUGAAGGAGCAGGAAGAGGGCACUGGAGACAGCUCUUCGGAGAGUUCUAUGUCUGACUUUUCGGAAGAUGAGGCCCAGGACAUGGAGUUGUAGUAGAGAAGCACCUGCUUUUCAGAAAGACUAUUAUUUCCUAACCAUGAGAAGCAGACUAUAAUAUUCAUAUUUAAACAAAGCAAUUUUUUUUAUUACUAAACAAGGUUUUUAUGAAUAAUAGCAUUGAUAUAUAUAUAUUAUAUAUCACCCUUUAGAUCUUGAUUUCUUGGUCAUUUCUCAACCUGAGGUGCAUAGCAUAUUCCCACAUUCCAUUUUGGUAGCAAUAUGCGGUCUGAAUGCAUGCAUUCAUAAGUCCAUUUGGCCAAGUCAGCCUGUGUGCCACUGAACUAUCAAGAAAUUGCCGCUCUGAUAGGUCAACAGGAGUAAAACGAACAGGAAAAGGUUGCUUCUUUUUAUUGAUGGUUCCAAAGAAAAAAACCAAAUCUACCAGCUCUUGGAUGAAGAGAGAACAGUGCAUUUCGAGAGUGGAAGGGAAGGUUGAGAGGAAGAGACAAGCUUGGGAGCGUGCGAAGCUAGCCAUGUACACACCAGCUGCUCCACGUCCUCCGUGGCCCUUUCUGAGGAGCAGUGGGAGACAGGGAGGUGGAUGAGAAGUGAGACUUAGAGACUUUUUUUUUUACUCAGAUAUAAGAGCAUUUUUCUAGGUAGAUCCCUGUCCUCUGUGCUCCCAGACCUGCAACCACAUUGGUUUUGCUCUGAAGAACUAUUGAAAGUGUUUCUGAACAUAAAUCUUUUUCUUGGGGUGCAGCUCGUCAUCCAGAACGUUUUUUGAGAGAACAGGACUGGAGGAGAGAAGUGGGAGAUGGAGUUAGAUCUGUUCCCAGUGCUGGGCCCAUUGGAGACCACGCCCUGGGCUGAGCGGCAAAAACUGGAAGCAGUUUUUGUUUGGUGUUCUUCUUUUCUUUUGUUCCUUUUUAUUUUUUAUUUGUGUGAAUUGAACUUAGACAGGUUACAGAUUGAAUUUUACCUACCAGGAGACAGUCUCCUCCCUGGACGAGGCACUCAGGUGGACCGUCAGGUGGAGGAAGACUGGCCUGGAGGCCCUGUGCCGGCGAUCCUUGGAACUCCAGUCUUAGUUUUUUGUCUUUUUUUCUCUCUGGCAGCUGCUUGUGGCAGCGCCCAGUUGCCGACCGCUUAUGGGAGAGGGAUGUGGGCAUAUGAGACCCACACCAUCCUCAGUUUAACAUGGGUAAUAAUUGAAACAAGUUGUUGAGGUGGGGAAGCACCACUUUCUUCUAUGACCGGCUAGGGAGAAGGUGUGAACCAGACGGAGGGAGGCAGGUGCUGGGAGAGAGGACACUUUCUCCCUCUGCCGGAACAGCAAGUCAGACAGCUGGAAGCCUGCCGCCCAGAGUGUCCAGCAGCUUCCAUCUGACUCUGGAAGGGAUUUGAAGACAGUUUAGACAGCAGCAGCUCUGUAUUCUUUUUGUCCAAACCUGAGCAGUAGGAGUAGCCAAUCCUAAGACCUUCUGAAGACAUUUGAAUGUCCCACUGGACUAACUUUUCUUUCGAUGUGUUUCUAGUGUAGAAGUGCUGUAUUCCACAGGGUUUAAGUCAGUGAGGUUGGGAGACACCUCUCUUUUUUAAUUCAGAAAGCACAAUCAGUUUUUCUUUGAAAAUCUAUAUAAAGUACAACUUUUAGCAUGAUUAUUUUCCUAAAUAAAAAGACAAAUAAUUUACUUAUGUUAAUUACGGGCAUGAAGCAAAAGGUUUUCUUUGGGGAAACCGCAGUUCUGUGGGCUGUGGUCGGUUCUCUGGCUGUCCCCUCAGGUCCUGCCUGUUGGAAGGUGGCUUCAGCAGUUGUCAAACGCUGUGUCGUGUGUACGCCGUGCUUACCUGACAUGCUGUCUUCUGUUGGGGAAGGAGGGUCUCUGCUGGCGCCUCCGCCCUGCUUCCCCUGAGGACUGGCAGUUUGCUCAUGCCCUGACCUUUACUGUAGGUGCUACUUAGGGUAGGCUUGACGUGCUGGGUGGUGAUUGAGUUCAAACAAUAAAAAAUUGUAUUUUUUCAAUACUGUAUAAGAAUAGUAUUCUAAUUACCUUUCCAAAAAAAAAAAAAAAAAAGAUCCUGAUAAUUGUUUUUGAUCUUGUUGAAAGAAAUACAAAACAAAACAAAAAUCCAACAAAGCAUAACAGAGUCAAGUUUAGGGAAUGGGUGUGAGCAGCUGCUGCUCCGACCCUCCCCAGAAUCCCCUUUUCUAUAUUGAAGACACAUCACUCCCUCCCAUGCAGAGCAACAGGAAUACACAGCUGACCAUGCAGAAUGCCCACGUGGAGCCCAGGGCUCAAGGCCGCAGGGCAGAAGGUCCAUCCGGGUGAAUGGUGAAUCACUGCAGUACUGGCGGGUCAUGCUGUCCCCAAAUCACUCUACCCUCAACUUCCUGGUGCCAGGUCUGGCUCUGUGCACGUUGCUGCUCUCUAGGCAUUGACUGCUAGGAAGUUGACUUCGCAAUCUUUCUGGCCCUUCCUUACUCCUUGGUGAGGUAGGACUAGACCAUACCAUACCCAUAGGGGCAAAGGACCAGAAAUAAAGCCUGGCUGUGACUCUGAGGGCUCCAGGUCUCCACAGUAAGUAGAUGAGUCUGCUGUUUGGGCACCGAAACCCUCUUUAGUUGGCUGUGGGUGUCCCUCCUAACUCCCAAGGGGCUCCUGAGCUCCUUUGGAGGGGGAGCAGUAAGUCCAGGCUGUCGCUGGCAUUUGCCCACCCUUUGUACUUACAUUUUGGAGGGCCUACUGUGUAGUUUACCAGUGCAAGCCUUUCUUGGACCCAUUCAGAUGACUGGAUCUCUUGCCAAACCCCGACAAGCAAAGUGGCUGCUGCCUGGCAGCCCAGACCUGCCGUGUCCCUCUGCCCCCAGAAGCCCAGCACUGGGGCCAGUGGGCUGUGUUCUGUGGUUGCCAGCAGAGACCCUGGCACCUGACAUUUCUUGUCAGCAGUCUCCACGUGGCUUCCUCAAGAGGACUGUGCAGCUUCAACCAGCAUUUCCUGUUAACGGGAGAGUUCUCAGAAGUUGCCACAACUCUCCAGCACUAAAGUUUUUGUCAAUUGCCAACGGCUGAUCUAGGCUCCUGAGGAGUGCGUCUUCUCAGAGGAACUGUGUCCUGGAAAGGGCUCCCCGAAGUUCUAGUUGGCCUUGACCUGAUACUUACGUUUCCUAGGCCACUUUUAGGGUGGCUGAGAAUCAUGACAGAGCCUCUGCCAGUCUAGUCUCCAGUCUAGUCUCUAGGUCAGGUUGCUGAGAACUGGUAUUGGAUUUUAAAUGAUACGUGGCCCCUGUUUUCGUGACUCAGAAAAGUGAAGCAAUUUACAAGUUAGCAAAGGGUUUUACUUUGUUUUCUUCACUUUUGAUUGGGUCAUAGCCUUGCUGAGUGAAAAACCAACUUGUUUCUGAUUGGGCACAAAGAACUGCAUUUCUUUGGACUUGUGAAUCCAUGUUCAUCUUCCUUUGGCCACUGAACACCUUGGCCAGCUCUUUAGGGAUUGGAUGGAGUGAAGGCCCUUUAGGGUCAUGGGUGUACAGCUUCCCACUCACCUGAGGAAUGGCCAUGGCUCUUGGUUAGCAGUUACUUGGCUGUGGGCGUGGGAAGAAAUGGCCUUUAAUUACUGAUUGUACUUGGUACACAUUGUGUGAUACUUGAAGAGAUAAAGGGACUCAGCAGCCCUUAAUUGAAAUCUAAGCUUUUGACCGCUUCCCUCCCUGCCCCGUCUCCUUCCUUCCACCUUCCUUGCAUUGUGAUGAUCUAGUGGGCAUGUCUGUCACCUGGACAAAUGCCUCCUAUAACCUCUUAAUAGUUGUGUAUAAUGAAAACUGUAAACUUUUUUAAAUAAAAUGUGUAUAUACCUUG